UGUGCGUCCUCGUGUCGAAGUCGAUCGUGUAAUUGCGUGUUCGACGACGGUUUCUUCGGUUCGGAUGCGUAACGUGUUUUUAGCCAACUAGUGUCACCUCAAGAUAAAAAGAAAAGUUAAAUCGGUAUUAAGCAUAACAAAGGAAAUAAAAAAAAUUUAAAAAAGUUCUAUAUAUAAAAAAGUUGAAAUUUUUAAGUACAUAAGCUAAUACUUACUUUAUAAUUGCAUCGUACACAUAAAAUGGCAACAAUCUCUUCCAGCGCAGCCUCUAACGCUAGCGAACCGCCGAAAAUCAGCAAAUUCUUUAGCAGCAGCUGCAAUUACCAAAGUAAAGUACAACAACUGAUCAGCUUCAGUUUCACCUCGUCGAAUUUCAUUUUCAUCACAUGCAUACUGAGUAUUAGUAAGUUGUGCACUGUUACCGCUGGUCCGGUACAAACAACCGCCGCUGCUGGUACACCUGGUCCCACCACAGCCGGCCCACCCUACAGUGCACUCAAUGCUACAACAACGUUAAUGGAAAAAUUGCAUUCAUUCGCCACAACUUUGGGUCCACCUGUGACAUCGACAGAGAAAUCAGCGAAAAAUAGUGCCGCUGCUGCGAAUAGUGUCAGUGACGGCAGUGGUUCAAUGUCGUUUUUUGGUCGUAAAAAUUUGAUAAAUUUCGAUUUUAAAUUUCUAAAUGUCUCCGGCAAGAUUGGUACACCGCUCAGCAUUGCUCAAAGUAUAGUCAGAAUCUGCGAGGAGAAACAAUUCCAGUGCGCCAAUGGUGUAUGCAUACCCAUCCGUUUCGCAUGCGAUGGCGACUCAGACUGCAGCGAUCACAGCGAUGAACGCAUUGCCAAUUGCAAGUUUAUAGAGUCCACCUGCGGCAUUGAGCAAUUCAGAUGCAACAAUGGCUUUUGCAUACCGAAGAGAUGGCGCUGCGACCAAGAAAGAGAUUGCGCCGAUGGCUCCGACGAAGCACCGUCGCUGUGCAAAACAAAAACCUGUUCACCCGAUGAGUAUUCAUGUAAAUCCGGCGAGGGUGAAUGCAUUCCAUUAGCUUGGAUGUGUGAUCAGAGCAAAGAUUGCUCCGAUGGCUCCGAUGAGGCUUCAUGCAAAUACUAUUCAACUUCUGAGUGGAAGAUCUACCUAUCUCGACAGCCAGUUUGA